AUGCAGGUCAACUCCCAGUUUCCUGUUGCAGGACAGAAUGUGAAAUUGCGUCGGGUUGUCAGUUCAGUGCCACACUCGGCCGUUUUCUCUUCAGCUUUUCUUUCUCGGUCUGAACCUAUACCAUCUUCAAAGUCCAAACUGGGGACCCACGAUGAGCUGAUUGUUGACCCACACUCCCUCUCAGCGUCAGACAGUCAGACGCAGAACUUUGAAAAGCUCUGCAGCAUCUCAGCGUCCGACGGAGAGCUUGAGAAGACGGACUCUGAGGAACCAGAGAAGAUCCGUGCCGUCCCGAUUCACCGUCGCCCGGACCUGCUGGUUCCCUGCGCCGACCUGGUCAACUCUGAGUGGCAGAGGAGCCAGGCCGCCCGGGUUCACUCCCUCCAGAAGUCCUGCUCAGAGUUCCCCGUCUGCCUGGUCCUCCUGCAGGGCCACAGAGAGACGGAGAAGCUUCUGGGCCACGCCCGGCUUUCCCGGGUCGUGGGUCGCAGCAGCAGCCUGUUCGUCGAGUCGGUAGUCGUGUCCAGGGCGGAGCGAGGGAAGGGCUACGGCCGGACUCUGAUGGCGGAGGUCGAGCGCUACGCCAAAAGCCGCGGGUCCAAGCGCCUCUGCCUGACCACCCACGACAAGCAGCACUUCUACGCCCACCUCGGCUACGUGCUGUCGACGCCGGUGCAGAACGCAGGCGCCAUGACGGCGUUUGUUCCCAUGGAAACGCUCCUGAGGUUCUCCAGAAUGCCGAGUGAAGAGGCGAGCACACAAAGGCAAACAAAGAUGGAUGCUCGGGUACCACAAGAAAGCAGAGACUCGGGAGGUGCAUGCGUUGAAGGUGCACCCCCACCUUCCUCCAUACCUGCUCCUCCACCACCACCUCCUCCUCCUCCUCCUCCUUCAUCCAUCCCUGGUACUCCACCACCACCUCCUCCUCCUCCUCCUUCAUCCAUCCCUGGUCCUCCCCUACCACCUCCGCCCUCUAUUCCUCCCCCACCACCUCCUACCUCCAUUCCUCACGCUCCUCCUCCUCCUCAGUCUACAGGACAAGAACAUCUUGUCGUUCAGACUCUGGAUCAAACUCCCUACAGAGAUGCCAAAGGAGUCCCCAUCUAUUGGAUGCACAAGGACAUUUGACGAACAUGUUUCAAAGUGCAAACCUACAGUGCAUGCAUACAUGGUGCACACAAAAGUUCAGAGACACAGAAGUGUGUUAGAAACCAAAGAUCGUCCCAUCUCUGCACAAAUGACUGGUGUGUAUUUGGAGUUUAAAUAGGAACGUGUCUGAGUGUUGCCCGCCUGAAAAUCACAUGAGCAGAAACAAGGGCAUCCGGCAACUUGUUGAGUUUUUUGAUUUAAGAUAUUUCAUCCAAGUAGCUUCUUAAACAUAAGUGACUAGGUAGGCUACGUACCGACUACCUAGUUCAGCUUUCCCGAUGAAUGGUACUCGAACAGCCCAUUAAUGGACAGAGACUAAAGUCCCAAGAUGAGAACGAAGGUGAAAAUAUUUGAUGACAGGUUUUAAGACUGUGUUAAUAUGUCAGUCCAUCUGUCCUGUACAGAAAGUGGUUUAUCUAAAGGUAAACCGAUUUCUCCAGACCUUCAUCAGGUAACUAUCUGGUUGUUGAGGAACCCUAGUAAUCCUGGUGUUGAACACCACCCACAGAUGUUCCCAUUUAAAUCCCAACUCUCCACCAGUGUCUUAGAAAUUUAAGAAGUUACUUGGAUGAAGUCCAGUUGCCCUUGUUUCAGCUUGUUUUUUGUUUUUGUUUGGACGUACCAUGACCUGGACAACUGACAAAUGCAGUCAUAUUUAGUUUGAUUACAUUUCUACAGAUUAUCAGACUCUCUGAAAACAUGUAGAAGUAUUUAUCAUGAGUGAUGUUCCUCUUUGAACUGCGCAACCUAGUAGAAUGGUACGUACAGUAUAUGUGCAGACCACUUUCCCAUGAAUCUCCUGAACAUAUAGAUAAUCAAUCAAUCAAUGCACUGAAAAUGAAUACCUUGUAUUGUGUCAAGCAAGAUGCCUGAAGUAUUUGAAUAUUUGGAUUCUCGAUGUUUACGGUUACAGAGAAUGAUCAUUUUAUCUAGAGUUAAUUGAAGUGUUGUGUGGGAAAACCCACAUCAGACACAAUUACUGAAAGAGUUUUAUAUUUUAGAGGUUUGGAUGGGAUCAGGACUGCAAAGGGAAGAAAAAUCAUCGGUCUGUGGCAGCUAACGGGUUAUCUAACAAGAAACAUGUCAUGAUUAUGAAAGCUUUUUUUGCUUACUCACCCUUUGCGACCAUUUGACGUCCACACGGUUCAGUUCGGCUACAUUAGUCAUAUUCUUUGUGCUGAAAUCACAAUCCAGGCUGUUUUUACCUGCUGCUAUUAAACUAUGUGACACUGGGAUCUUAAACCACAUAUUCAGUUGUGCCUUACUGAAGUGAAUGAUUUUUGAAUGAUUUGUUACAGUUCUGAAAACAAUGUUUGAACGAUUGUGGAAAUAAAAAGAAUUUAUUCAAAUA